GCACAGCUCCUCUCCUUCGUCCUGCCCGCCCCGUCCGUCUGUCUGUCGGUCCCGCUGCCCCGCGGCCCAUCCGAGGGGCCACCCCACCCCGGACCUAAGAUGACGUCCGUAACCAAGGUGUACUACAGUCAGACCACGCAGACAGAAAGCCGGCCCCUGGUGGGCCCCGGGAUCCGGCGGCGGAGGGUCCUGACGAAGGAUGGCCGCAGCAAUGUGAGGAUGGAGCACAUCGCUGACAAACGGUUCCUCUACCUCAAAGACCUGUGGACCACCUUCAUUGACAUGCAGUGGCGCUACAAGCUUCUGCUCUUCUCGGCCACCUUUGCGGGCACCUGGUUCCUCUUCGGUGUCGUGUGGUACCUGGUAGCCGUGGUCCACGGAGACCUGCUGGAGCUGGGCCCCCCGGCCAACCAUACCCCCUGUGUGGUGCAGGUGCACACGCUCACGGGAGCCUUCCUCUUCUCCCUGGAAUCCCAGACCACCAUCGGCUACGGCUUCCGCUACAUCAGCGAGGAGUGCCCUCUGGCAAUUGUGCUUCUCAUUGCCCAGUUGGUGCUCACCACCAUCCUGGAGAUCUUCAUCACGGGCACCUUCCUGGCCAAGAUUGCCCGGCCCAAGAAGCGGGCUGAGACCAUCCGGUUCAGCCAGCAUGCGGUCGUGGCUGCUCACGAUGGGAAGCCUUGCCUCAUGAUCCGAGUGGCCAACAUGCGGAAGAGCCUCCUCAUCGGCUGCCAGGUGACGGGCAAGCUGCUUCAGACCCACCAGACCCAGGAAGGUGAGAACAUCCGGCUCAACCAGGUCAAUGUCACCUUCCAGGUGGACACGUCCUGUGACAGCCCCUUCCUCAUCCUCCCCCUGACCUUCUACCACGUGGUCGACGAGCACAGUCCCUUGAAAGAUCUCCCUCUGCGCACUGGCGAAGGGGACUUCGAGCUGGUGCUGAUCUUAAGCGGGACAGUGGAGUCCACCAGUGCUACCUGCCAGGUGCGCACGUCCUACCUGCCAGAGGAAAUCCUCUGGGGCUACGAGUUCACACCGGCCAUUUCACUGUCAGCCAGCGGCAAAUACGUAGCUGACUUCAGCCUGUUUGACCAAGUGGUCAAAGUGUCCCCUCCAAGUGCCCUCUGUGACAGCAGCGUGCGCUACGGAGACCCAGAGAAGCUCAAACUGGAGGAGUCCUUACGGGAGCAGGCUGAGAAGGAGGGCAGUGCCCUGAGUGUGCGCAUCAGCAACGUCUGAUGCUGGCGUCCCGCCUCCCCACCCCUCUGGACUCUUCUCCUCUCUCUUUCGGCUCUGGGUGAGGAAUUCUACCCAGGCUGACUGGAGAGCCCAGAAGCACCCGUCUUCCACUCCCUUUUCUUUAACCCCAGUGGCCUACAGGUAGCCUAGGUCAAUUGGGGUCCCAGUUUUCCUCCCAUUAUCCUCUUUCGCACCCCCCACCCCAACACAUGCACCUUCCUUAGCCAGGAUGGGGGAGGCAGAGGGAGGGUCAGGCUGACGUGGCUCGGAAGGCCUCAGCCACGCUUGGAGACUCACAUCAGGAAGGCCGUGCAGUUGGCUGGCGAGAGUCCCCGGUCACCAUCGGAAAGUUUGGUGACUUGAGCCUGGAGCCCCCUCCCUUUCUACUCCCCUAGCAAAUUCUCUCAGGCAAGACUCUGCCCCAUGGCUAUUUUGGGGUCUGCGCUGAGAAACAGAGAUAUCUGGAAUCCUUUUACUCUGGAGUCUCUAGAAACCCAUGCUGAAAGGAG